UCGGUGGGGAUGAGAGGCCCGCGAACUCGGGCUUGGGGCCGCAUGGACACCCUGGUGCCGGGUCGGUGGCGACGGCGGAGGGCGGAGGAGCUUCAGGUUCCGGGGGACGCGAAACGGGCAUGCAGGAGAGUAGAAGCCGCCGGGCCGGAAUGGGGCUGCACCCCCGCGAAGCUCAGCGCCCUGAUGUCUUGGAGUGGCGGGGGGCUGCCACGUGUGGGGAUUCCUCAGAACGGUGGAAGGAGCUCAGCCCAGCCUUGCCUGAGAUGUAUUGCGGGGGAGUCUGAGAAUUUCUGCAUGUUAUGCUGCAUUCCAUGGUGUAAUCCUGAACAACGGUGAAGUCAAAGAUCUAGCAAUUGGAACUUACUAUACUUUAGGUUGAUUCCUGUAACAGCCACUUAUGCCCUAGAAUACAAAUACAUAAUGUUUACCCUGAGAAAUGUGGCCCCAUUAUGACUAAAUUGUGUUAGUGCUGGUGACUCACUGGUAACCUUCCUUGUUCUCAUCCCAUUUCCAUGGACUGUAUCUUUCAAAUCCCCCCAUCUGCUGGGCAAACACUUGGAACGUAAUAUGGAUUCUUAAUACUCCGAGACGUUGUGUUCUGUCAUGAAUGGCUUAAAGAAAAAAAUUUGGCUCAAGCAACUGAUUGGAUCAUUUUAGCUAAUAUUUUGUUUGAACAACAGUUUCUAUUUGAUUAGGAUUUUUCCUUCCUUUGUAACUCCCCAAGCUUGCCUCUGUUCUGUUUCAUAGGAAAUGAAUCUGUGAGCAGAGAACCUAUAUUGAUAUGUAAAUAUAUCAUUUUUUCCUUGGUGCUCAAUAUUCUUUUCAUCUAAAUUUCAGAAACCGACUUUAAAAAAUCAGUUUCCCUUUAUCUGUAGUUAUUCUCAAUAAAAUUUCACCCAAGCUUGGGUGAUUUAAUAUUUACACCCACUGUUACAAAAGUCUUAUGUAAAUAAAGAU